AAAAGAUUAAAAAGAUCCGAAAUUUGGCGGGGAAAUUAUUUUGACAACAAUUUAUUUAUUUACUGUUUAGAAUUAGGCGACUGACAUACAAGAAGCUGCAUCAGAAAAUAUGACAGAAGUAGACAAUUUUAAGGAAGAUCUGAACAAAACAUUUCCAUGCAGACAAUCACAGAUUAAUUUGUUGCUGUCAUUAUUUGGACAGAGACAUCAGUAUACAUAUGCAAGUUUGUUUAUCUAUGGACAUACUGGUACAGGAAAGACAGCGGUCACUACUAACAUUCUAAAUCAUUUUAAGCUGUCUCAUGUUUUGGUAAACUGUGUAGAGUGCUACAGUUCCCGCUUUUUGUAUGAGAUGAUACUUAACAGUCUCCAUGGAAACAGUGUGACAGAAUCAUCUGACUUGGUGAAGUGUGAUAAUAUGAAUGAUUUUGUUAGAAUGUUUAAGCACGUCUCACAAGAAAAGGGGAUUGACCAAGAAACUAUAUACAUUGUAUUAGACAAAGCAGAAAGACUAAGAGAAAUGGAAAUGAAUAUCCUGCCUGCAUUUCUCAGGUUACAAGAACUGACCCAGCAAAAUGUUUGUGUAAUUUUGCUGUCUGAGAUAGUAUGGGAGAAAUUCAGAACAGGGUCAGGCUAUUGUGAACCUUUUGUUCUUCAUUUUUCUGACUACACUAAUGAUCAGCUGAUAGAAAUAAUGAUGCUUGACCAUCCAACAGAAUAUGAUGAGAAUUUCUACAGAAUGUAUCUAAAUCUUGUGCUCAGUGUGUUUCAGAUGGUCUGCAGAAAUUUGAAAGAGCUUCAUCAUUUGGCUAAGUUGAAUUUUCAAAGGUAUGCAGAGCCAGUGAAGACAGGUGAAGCAACUGCUGAAGAUACAAGAAAAUUGUGGAAGAAUAUUGAACCUCAUCUUAAGAAGGCAUUGCAGACUGUUUACCUUAGAGAAGUAUCAAGUUCACAAUGGGAGAAAAUGCAGCAGUCAAUAGAAGCUGGACAACCCCCAGCUUUACAAGGUCUGUCAUCCAGAUCCCAUGUAGAGUUACCAUACUAUUCCAAAUUUCUACUGAUAGCAGCAUAUCUAGCAUCAUACAACCCAGCCAAAACUGACAAGAGAUUCUUUGCAAAGCAUGGAGGAAAAACGAGUAGGCAGUCAAAACUACUAAAGAAACAUGAAAGGGCCAGCAAUCAUAUGCUUGGACCCAAACCGUUUGCACUAGACAGAAUGAUGGCUAUAUUUUAUGCUGUUGUAGAAGGCAGAGUAGCUCCUACUGCUAAUAUUUUUAUGCAGAUAUCAUCUUUAGUAAGUUUGAAUUUAUUGGGACAUGUUGCCAGUGACGAUCAGAUUGAUUCACCAAAAUAUAAAUGUCUUGUCUCCUUAGACUUUAUAAAGUCUGUUUCAAGGACAGUGAACUUUGAGAUAAUGAGGUACUUGUUUGACUUUGUAUGAAAAUGUCUGUUAAGUAGAAACCGUGGGAACAAAUCUGCACAAUUAUUAUGCACUCAAUCUAUUACGUGAAAUUGCCAGUUGUGAGAAUUUGAAUGGUCAGGAUUUCAACAGUAUUUCAGUGAUGAUUUUCUCAGAAUGCAGAGUUCGAAGAAAAACUUAUGAUACAGUUGUAUAUUGGUUGUGGAGACUAUUUUGUGCAUAAUGUGAAUCUGUGAAAUAAAUUAAACACCAACUUAA